CAAGACAUAGGAAAUUCAAAAAUGGAUGGUAGACAUUCUCGUAUCAGUGUCCUGAUGUUUCCUUGGUUAGCUCACGGCCACAUAUCACCUUUCCUAGAGCUAGCCAAGAAGCUUACCAAGAGAAACUUUCACAUCUAUUUUUGUUCUACGCCUGUAAACCUCCGCCCCAUCAAAGAAAAGCUUCCUGAAAAGUAUUCACUUUCAAUACAGCUUGUGGAACUCCAUCUUCCUUCCUUGCCCGAGCUUCCUCCACACUACCACACAACCAAUGGCCUCCCACCCCAUCUCAUGCCCACCCUCAAGAAGGCCUUUGACAUGGCCAGCCCAAACUUCUCCACCAUCGUAAAGAACUUGCGCCCUGAUUUGCUUAUCUAUGAUUUUCUUCAGCAAUGGGCACCAUCUAUUGCUCUGUCUCGAAACAUUCCAGCGGUUGAGUUCUUACCUACUAAUGCUGCCAUGACAUCUUUUGUCAUACACCUUACGAAGAACCCUGGUGUCGAAUUUCCUUUCCCAGAAAUCUAUCUGCGGGAUAAUUAUGCCAUUAGUAAGUUCCAGAACGUGCUUGAAUCAUCUGCAAAUGGUAUCAAAGACACUGAACGAGCAGUAGAAUGCUGUGAACAAUCUUCUGAGAUCGUUUUGAUCAAAACUUUUAGGGAGAUUGAGGCAAAAUACCUUGACUAUCUCUCAGAGUUGACGGGGAAGAAGAUUGUGCCGGUAGGGCCCCUUGUUCAAGACCCUGUUCACGAAUAUGAUGAGAAACCGGGAAUCAUGGAAUGGCUUAAUAACAAGGAACGAUCAUCGACUGUGUUUGUUUCCUUUGGAAGUGAGUAUUUUCUGUCAAAGGAGGAAAUGGAAGAGAUAGCAUAUGGGCUGGAACAGAGCAUGGUACCAUUCAUAUGGGUAGUGAGAUUUCCUGGAGGUGCCAAAGUCAGUCUUGAAAUGGCACUUCCAAAAGGUUUUCUCGAUAGGGUUGGAGAUGGAGGAAUGGUUGUGGAGGGAUGGGCACCGCAAACGAAGAUUUUAGAGCAUUCUAGCAUUGGUGGGUUUUCGAGUCAUUGUGGAUGGAGUUCUGUGCUGGAGAGCAUGAAACUUGGGGUCCCAAUCAUAGCCAUGCCCAUGCACCUUGAUCAGCCAAUCAAUGCAAGGCUGGUGGAGGAAGUGGGUAUGGGUCUAGAAGUCGAGAGAGAUAUGAAUGGGAAGCUUAAAAGAGAGGAGGUGGCAAAGGUGAUCAGAGAGGUGGUUGUGGAGAAAGCCGGAGAGAGUGUAAGGCAGAAGGCAAAGGAAUUGAAGGAGAAACUAAUCAGUAAGGGAGAGGAAGAGAUUGAUGAAGUGGUUCAAGAGGUGGUGCAACUUUGUAGGAAGAAGAACAGGCACUAGCUCGAAAUUGUACACAACUUUUGCAUGCCUCGUCGUACUACUGCAUAUCGGUGUAUUGAUCGACUUGGCAAAUUAAUUAAAGUCUCUGUGUGUAAAGUCUCUGUGUGUAACAUUAUUUCCGAAAUAAUGUAGAGAUGAUCAGAGAUUUAUGCA